GAGGCGUACACCUAGAGCCCACUAGACACUGUCACCCUCAAUGAUGUAUUUUGAAAGAAAGUUUAAAAGUAACAAUGGAUGCCUUUGCAUUAUUCGUUGAUGAGGAAGUGGAGAAUUAAACUGAAACUGUAAACCUACUGAAUUUAAUUUACGGCAAAUUGGGAUGUUUACAGACUAGUAAAGAUGAACUUCAAAGAAAAGAUUUGGAAGUAAAAAUAUACAAAAGCAUGAAAUAAGGCUUAGAUUAAUGUGAUCACAGUGGCCUGAUAAGCCUUUAGGCGGCAGGAAAAGCAGAGUCUUCCAGCUCGGAAAUACAGUUCAAUCAUUGGAAAUGAGAGGGAAGAUACUGCUUCAUUGAAAGUCAUCAACAGUGAAAUCUACCUAUAAGCUUAGCUAGCUGGUGCGUUACACAUUCAAGGAAGUUUAGGUGUUGAAUUUAUCUGUACCCAUCAUUUAGAUCCAGAAUGGAAAAUUUUGAUAGUGAAUCAAAGUGUGUAAUUUUGAAUUGGGAAGUAAGUUGUCUUGAGGUGUUACAGAAAUGUUGAAUGCAGGAUAGCGAUGGCUCUAAGCCCUAUUGUGCCUCCGGUUGUUGUGGCCAUCAGCGCAGCCCCUGGACGCAGAAUGAGCACGGAGACAUACAUGGUUCGUAUCUACACUGGGCCACUGAGUCAGGAACUGGACUUCAUCUCUGUUGAGGCUGAGAAAAUCACACCUGCUGAGGAGGUCGUGCGUGUUGCGGCAAGAAAAAUGCAUCUGUUGGAACCGAAAGAUUAUGAAAUUGCCGAAGUUUUCAGUACUGCAGGUCAGCUAUGCAAAGAACGAAGGCUCGGGGAUUUAGAAAAUCCUGUAAGAAUUCAGUUACUGUGGCCGAAAAUUGUAAAUGCCGAAUAUGAUCCUCUUGCUGAUCAGGGCUUUACUGGAUACAGAUUUUAUAUUAGGAAGAAAAACCCGGAAAUUUCUAAGCGGACUUCAUCGUGGAUGGAAUUCACCGAACCCAACCCUGUGGAUAAUUUCUUGACAGCAUUCUUAAAACAACCCACGAGUAACAAGGAAUAUUCCGAUUUGUGUAACCUUCCAGAUCUUAAUGAGAGAACGUUGUUAGAAAAUAUCAAAUCUAGGUUCCUCAAUUCAAACAUUUACACAUACGUUGGCUCAAUUCUUAUAGCUGUGAAUCCAUUUAAGUUCUUUCCAAUAUAUAAUCCGAAAUAUGUCAAAAUGUAUCAAAACAAACGCUUGGGGGAUCUGCCUCCACACAUAUUUGCAAUAGCAGACGCAGCGUUUUACACGAUGUUACGGACUAAACGUAACCAGUGUAUUGUGAUAUCGGGGGAGUCAGGCAGCGGGAAAACCGAGAGUACAAACCUGCUGUUACACCACCUCACGGCGCUCAGUCAUAAGGGUCUCCAUGGUAGUGGCGUAGAACAAACCAUUCUUGGGGCUGGCCCUGUUUUAGAGGCUUUUGGCAAUGCGAAGACCGUGCACAACAACAACUCGAGUAGGUUCGGCAAGUUCAUACAGGUCAACUACAAGGAGAAUGGAAUGGUCCAUGGAGCUAUUGUGGAGAAGUACUUGUUGGAGAAGUCCAGGAUUGUUUCACAAGCCAGUAACGAGAGGAACUACCAUGUGUUCUACUAUCUUCUGGAGGGUGCAGAAGACUUGGAGAGGGAGAAAUUGCACCUUGGCAAGCCCACAGACUACUUUUACCUUCAACAGAGUGAUCGUGACAGCGUGGAGGAGGAGGACGAGGCCAACGAGUUUUCCCGCCUUAAACAGUCCAUGGAGAUUGUAGGCUUUUCUCAGCUCACACAAAAAAGAAUAUUUGGAGUUCUCUCAGCAGUGUUGCAUCUGGGAAAUGUUACAUUCAAAAAGAAAGGGGACCAACACCAUGACGAAUCAGUGACGAUAACGAACCCAGAGACAAUCGAUGUUGUGUCACGUCUUCUCAUGGUGAAGAAGAAAACACUGGAGGAAGCUCUCACCCAGAAGAAAACCAUUGCAGGAGAUGAGACCGUAGUCAUGACUCACCGCAUGGAACAUGCUGUAGCGACACGUGACGCAAUGGCCAAGUGUCUGUACGGUGCCCUGUUUGAUUGGAUUGUGCUCAAAGUGAACCAAGCGCUCCUCGCCAAGCGACAUAACAGCGAACACCAGGAGGAAGAGGAAAGGACAAACUUUAACCGACAUACGGGUAACUCUAUCGGUGUCCUCGACAUAUUUGGGUUUGAGGAUUUCCGUUGGAACAGCUUUGAACAAUUCUGUAUCAACUACGCAAACGAGCAUCUCCAGUAUUACUUCAACCAACACAUCUUCAAAUUUGAACAGGAGGAGUACAAGAAGGAAGGGAUCCAAUGGAUGAACAUAGAAUUCAUAGACAACACUGGCUGUCUGGAACUCUUCUCCAAGAAGGGAAAGGGACUUUUCUCCCUCCUAGAUGAAGAGUGCAAUUUUCCUGGGGCAACCAAUGACACAUUACUGAGCAAAUUCCACCAUCACCACGCGAGGGGCAACGUGUACUAUGAGGCCCCUCAGAAGCGAGAAAUGGCAUUCACUGUCGUACACUACGCUGGCAGGGUCAAAUAUCAAGUCAAGGACUUCCGUGAGAAGAACAGUGACCAGAUACGGACAGACAUUGUGGCAAACUUGAAGAGCAGCAGUCUAGCCUUUGUCAGGGAACUCAUGGGAGUUGACCCUGUGGCGGUGUUACGCUGGACGAUCAUUAAAACCCUCAUAAAGAGUGUGUUUGCCUUCAAAAAGGCCGGAAUUGUGUUCAGAAAGAGGGGAGGCCCUGACGAGGCCAUGAAACAGCGGCGAAAACACCCCCCGACUGAUGGUCUCAACAUCCCCACCCUCGACUCUAGUCAUUUCCUUAGCCCCUCCCACUCCCCCACCCACCCCAAGCGUACGGCCCCCCGCUCCUCCCCGCUGCAUGACAACCACAGUCAUCACGAGCCCCAGGAGUUCACCUUCAGCGAUGACGAUGAUAUGUAUCUCAGCCCGAAACGUAACUCUACGGGAGCAUUGCGUAGCCCUGUGGAACAGUAUCUCUCGGCGGACGAGGCUCGCGUUAUGAGACGCGCUACCAGGGUUUUAAUGAAAAAUAAGUCUUUCAAGCCAAAGACGAGGCCACAAACUAUGUUCUCUGACAUUAAGACGCUAAAGGCUAUAGCUAACCGCACGAUCUACAUCGGCGGAAAGGUCAACUCUAAACAGAAGCCUCCCAGUGUCGGGGCACAGUUCCAGUGGUCCCUCCGCCGCCUCAUGUCCGCACUAAACCAGGCCAACCCAUUCUUCAUCCGAUGUAUCAAGUCAAACGCAGAAAAACUUCCAUGCCGGUUUGACGAAGUUCUUGUCCUCCGGCAGCUUCGAUACACUGGUAUGCUGGCGACGGUUCGGAUACGACAGUCAGGGUACAACUACAGGCUCACAUUUGAGGAGUUUGCUCAGUUGUACAAGAUUAUCCUGCCGAAGGGAGAGCAAAGCACCAUGACAGACAUUGCCGAAUUUCUACACUCCAAGGAAAUGAACAUGGACAACUACCAGAUUGGAAAAACAAAGGUGUUUUUGCGCGAGGCCGAGAAGAUGUACAUAGAUGAAUGCCUACACUGUGCCAUAAUGAAACGAGUGAUUACACUCCAACGCUGGGUCAAAACCAAGGUGGAGCGCAAAAACUUCCUCCAACUCCGGGAAAACACUGUCAUCAUACAGAAAAAUGUUCGUCAGUUCCUAGCGCGUCGGCGCGAGGCAGUGUUGUGUAUCCAGCGUGUGUACCGGGGCUGGUGCGUUAGGCGCGAGUUCAGGAAGAAACGAAACAUUGCCAUUAGAAUACAGGCACAUUUCAAGGGAAACUUAGGCAGAAAGAGAUAUCGAGCCAUGGAGGAGGAGUCAAGACGAGAGCGCGCGGAGCAGGAAGCAGGGCGACACACAGAGGACAUGCACUCAUCCACAAGCGACGAGGGAGUUCUCAUUAAAGACAACAGUGCAGACGAACUGGAACAACCCGGACUCAUCCAUCGCAGCUAUUCUGAAGAGAGCAGUGGUAUCCAUGACGACUCUGAGUCAGACACAUUAUCAGAGGUGAAAAGUCGCGGGGAGUCUAUUGGAACACCACCCCACACGCCGACAUCCCUGGGAACCCCGGACAUCCGGGUAGAGCCCUCACCACGUGUUAAAGAGGAAUUUCUGGGCCAGGCUGGACAGGGGUCAAGGGUGUCGAAGCUGGCUGAGAAAUUUCAGUCUCCAGACAAAGCAGGAACCGAUGAUGUUACUGACGGUAGGUCGCCAGGAGUCAUAUUUGUCCGUCGGGGCUCAGCAGCGAGAAAACGUCCACCGAACAUGUCACCAGCGCCCCUCGCAAAGCAAGAGUCGUUCUCUGACCUGGUUGAUGGUAAACUGUACGCUGAUUCUCCUACAAGUCUUGGUUCAUCUUUGUCACCGGAACAAAUCCAGCAUAUUGAAGACUCGUUACGGAAACCUCUCGAUCGUCCGCAAGAUUCCCUGAAGGUUGCGUCAGCUGAUGAUGUGUACCGAAGCCCACUCAAACAUAUCAGAGACAAGGCAAAACAUCUUGUUGUACCUCCCUAUCCCUGGAGCGUUCCGCAAGAAUCUUUACGAGAAUGUAAAAGUUUCCCUAGUGCCUCAAACUUGUCCUAUACGGACUCGUUAAAGAGAAAGUCAUCAUUUUCCUCUACUCUGCUUCGACGGACAAAAUCGUCUAUUAAGUUGCUACGCGAUAUGAAGACGGGUAGCGGGGGUCGGAAGAAGAAAGACUCUUUGGCAGAGGACAGUGACGAUGAAAUGGAUCCACAGAGGACGUCACCUGUCUCCAAGCAUAGCUUACACUCUAUGGGAGGGAUCAACGUUCUACCACAUCUCCAUCACCAUCCUCUGUCCCCUAAAUCCCCACAGCAGGAAACUAGUCCUGGUUUCCCCGAGGAUGAGAAAGGCAAGGCAAUCGAGAAAAAACGUCGCACACGGAAGGAGAAAGGCGAGAAAGAUAAGGAGAAUAGUCGACCCCCAGACCUACACAUUCGGGGAAAGACGAAGUGGCAAUACCCUGAGGAAUUCGUGAUCAAAGAGACCUGGGAACUACAGGCGCUAGACAAGUUCAUAAAUGAGAAGAUAAGCCAGCUGUGUAAAGAGACAGGGCGGGAGUCUCAGUUUGAUGUUGUGUUCAAGAAGUGUCUCAAGUCAUUCCACACUGACCUUAAGUCACAUCUCGCAGUCUUUCUACAGGAAGAAAACAAACCAUGUAAUAUGAAAUACCGUGACUUAUUUGUGAACUUUGAGAACACAAUGGAAGCCACUUGCGCGGAAGAGCAAGUGACAAUAGACUUUCCUGUGACUCUGUGUAUAAAUGCAUUCCGUGGAUAUUUAGACGAGUUCAGAAAAAGUGCCAAUACGAGGAAAAAAGAAGCCAAACAUAAAAAGAAGCAGAAGCGAGAAAAGGCGAAAAAGGACAAAGAUGUGAUAGACCAUCAAGGUCACCGGUUCCUUCAAGGGCAGUUCGGGAUUCCAACAUUUUGUGAGAUGUGUUCAAACAUCAUCUGGUCCCUUGAGAAGGGAUAUGUCUGUCAAGUAUGCAAGUCGACGUGCCACAAGAAGUGUAUGUACAAGCUGUUGUCUAUCUGUCGGGGCUCGGACAUAUCAGACCAGCCUCAGUUGGUGUCGCCGCCCCCCUCAUGUUGUGGUUCACCUAUCGGACCUAUGUUAAAUAACGCCGUUCAACAACUUAACGUUAUGACUCAGCGUAUAGUUGGCACAAAGGUAUUUGGUGUACCACUUCAUCGAAUGGUGGGACCAGAUGAUAAGACACCCGUGUUCAUGGACCGUAUCAUUGUGCUCAUUGAGACCCACGGGAUCUACACCGAGGGCAUCUACAGGAAGUCGGGCUCCGCAGCCAAGAUUAAGGCCCUGAAGAUGUUGUUAGAUUCAGGAUUUGUGGACAUUGAUAUGGACACUUACCCUGUGCACGUGCUCACCAGUGUGUUGAAGACGUUUUUCCGCGAGCUGCCGGAGCCGAUCCUCACUUUUGAUCUCUACGAUGAGUUCAUGCAGGCAUCAGAGAUCAAAGAUGAACGGGAGGCGAUACAGGUGAUGUUCUCGUUGGUUGAGCGCAUUCCCAAGGUGAACCAUGACGUCCUUGAACGCCUCAUCUUCCAUCUCGCACGUGUAGUCCUGCACGAACGCAACAACAAGAUGUCGGUCAAUGGUCUCGCGAUCAUCUUCGCGCCAUGCCUGCUGCGCACCAACAGGAACGUCCAAGCGCAAGAAAUGCUCACUCAGGUCUCCCGACAGCAAGUGUGUAUAGAGAAGAUUUUGUCGGAGCAGGUACGCAAGUUGAAGACGACGCUACAGGACAUUAACACGCUUGAGUCCGCCGAGCAAACAGCCACAGAGAGACUGUCAGUGGUCCGUGCAUCCAUACGGGGAGAGAAAACCGCUGUUCGUCAUCAUACGGAGGUCCGGUCUCCGGCCAGCGUGUCGGAGGAUGCAGAAAUCCUGGAGGAGCAAGAACGUGUAAUUUCCUCACAUAUACAGUCAAUACAGAAGGAGAAGGAGGAUCUUACAACAGCUCUGCCCACGUUUGAGUAUCGACACAGCUCGGAUGAUGAGAUGCUCUCUGCUGACGAUGUAGAGUCCCUUGUGGAGGACGUGGAUUAUCGUCCUGACGAGCCAACCUUUGACACGCCAGCGAAGACUGUUAGUCACCUGAGUCACCUAACCAAACAUCGUGUGGACACACCCGCUCGACACCCACCUUCCCACCACCUCCCUAAACAAUCAAGUGAAGAGUCACAGGAUGACCUUAAACUCAGUGACCUCAAAGAUAUACCAUCUACUGGAGGUCAUGACCUUGAUUUUGAUAGUGUCGACCACUCAGGGUGCAGAAGGCUAAAAAUAGUUCAUGAGACGUCAAGACCUCUCUCAGACAUUGAAUUUAACCGUGCUAAGAAAUAUUUGUACACUGGCGAAGACAGUGGUAGUGAUGAUAGGGAUUCAGAGUUUUCCAAUUUCAAAAGGGAUUUCUCCUAUGAUAUUCUUGAUGAUAGACGAAAAAGGAGGCAGGUUGAUGCUUUGUUGGAUCCUUUUGGUCUGCCAAAACAUUCUGAAUACUCCACAAGAAGAUACAGUGACCAUUACCGAAAGUUAAACAUAAAAUCCUUGCACCUUGGAGGUGUUGCUAAGAAACUAGAUACUGAAAAAAUCCACCAACCAGCAACUCCUAUGGCAAUUAUAUCGGCAGAUUCAGUCCAACUGAAGAAAUCAAAAGAUAUUAUGCUUUCACCAAAAACUAGACUGAAGCUCACCAAACCCCUUCAGUUGCCAGAACAAAAUAAAGAAAGUAGGUAUCAGAAAUAUAUAUCGGGUGCUGAGAAAAAGAAAAGAUUAAACAAACUGGACUCUGACCUUGAAAUUGAUAGGGUGUUAAUGUUAAAAACAUUGGGGUCAAGGUCAUUUGAUGAUGAAAGUGCAAUAUCUGGGUCAUUUGAAAGGGAGCAGUCAACAGGUUCAGCCCUGUCAAGGUCAUCACAGCAGUUUUCAAUGUCACAUACUUUUAAAACUCUGGAAGCAACGUCCCGUAGCCAUAGCAAUACCAGUAGGUCACUAUUGGAUACAGGGAGUGAUUCGGAUGAUGAAAUUAUGGUGUGAACAAACCAUCUUCUGUAUCAAAUUUUUUCUGUAUAUUCUAUUCUAUGUAAAGCAUUCUAUCAUCCUUGCAAAUAUAAACACUACAAAUACACAACUGCUGUAAAGCUAUUACAUAACAGCAACUUACAAUAUUAUGACAUUCUAUGUGAAUUAUGUACAGAUAUUCUUAAAGUAUAUUGUUGUUCAUGCUUUUUCAAAGCAAUAAUAAGCACUUUUAUUCAUUUUAAUCUGUAUGCAUACAUGUAUGGGUUCUCAUUCUUGUAAGGACAUGUACGUUCAGCUUGCGUUUAAUAUUGUACAUACAUCUGUGAUCAUUUCUAGUCUGUCUAUAAUUAUUAAUUCAUGUAAUUUAGUAUUAAUCCUAUUCUCAUUUUCUUUCAAACUUCUUAUAAAAGAAUUUGUAUCACUCACUGUAUUUUAAUUGAUCAAGUGAAAUGUUAAUCAAUAUGUCUCAAGAAUAUUAUGACUCAAACAGUCUUGCAUGCUAUCAGCUCCAACAACCACAGUAAUAACUUCCAUUACACUCCAUAUGCAUAUGCACGGUGGGAAAUUUGACUGUCAAAAUCUUGUUUUUAUGAAUAUGCAUGAGGUAGGGGAGACACAAUGAAAUCAUACAUUGCAAUUCAAUAAUCUUCAAUAACCCUUUAUUGUCAGUUGUCUCCAGAGUGAGCUCAAUGGCUGUGUUAAAAAUUGUCGUGUUCUUGCGGACUGAGUUCAAUAUGAGCUUAUGCCAGAAUACAUUAGUAUGAGUGUCUGUGCAUUUUUACACAUUGGUUCCUUGAGGAACAAAUAAAACUGCCUCAUUAAUUAUUCAUGAUUACAAGAUUUUCCUAGCCAAAUCGUCCACAGUACACAAUGAAGCAGAGCUCAGUAGUGUUACGGGUUUAUCCAACGAUGGCAUAUGUUAGCAAUCCUUGAAACCACUAACAGUUCCCUUCGUUAGAAGUAUUGAAAGUUAAAAAUAGAUAUUGUAAACUACAUAUGUGAGGGUUGUUUUCUUUUCAUUUUCAAAAGUUGCAUUACUUUUUUUGUUAAAUGUAAAGCAGUAAAAAAUAAUACAACAAAUUGUAUUGAUCUUAUGGUCUGUGGAAGGCAUCUAUUUAUGUACAAACACCAAAUGUAAAUUUUAUUUAAAACUAUGCUCAACGUCUUUACAGAUAUGCUCCGCUGUAUCUAGCUUGCACUCAUUGUCCAUAUGACUGGUAUACUUUAAGUUUAUUCUCAUAGUUCUAAAUGUUUUAGUGCUGUUCAUUCCUCAUUUAGUGCUAUUUGUUUCAUAUUUCAAAGCUCUCCGACUGCUAUUUGUUUAAUAUUUCAUAGCUCACACAGCUAUUUGUUUAAAUAUAUCAUAGCUCACCCAGCUGUUUGUUUAAAUAUAUUAUAGCUGUCAUAGCUAUUUGUUUAAAUAUAUCAUAGCUAUUUGUUUGAUAGCUCGCUCUGCUAUUUGUUUCAAUAUAUCAUAGCUCACACAGCUAUUCAUUUAAAUAGAUCAUUUGUUUAAAAUAUAUCAUAGUUUGUGCUGCUAUUAGUUUAAUAUUUCAUAGCUCACACAGCUAUUUGUUUAAAUAUAUCAUAGCGCUCAUAGCUAUUUGUUUAAAUAUAUCAUAGCUAUUUGUUUGAUAGCUCGCUCUGCUAUUUGUUUCAAUAUAUCAUAGCUCACACAGCUAUUCAUUUAAAUAGAUCAUGUGUGCAUGGCUAUUCAUUUAAAUAUAUCAUAGCUCGCACAGCUGUUUGUUUAAAUAUAUUAUAGCUGUCAUAGCUAUUUGUUUAAAUAUAUCAUAGCUCACACUGCUAAUUGUUUAGAUAUAUCAUAGCUCACGCAGCUAUUUGUUUAAAAUAUAUCAUAGUUCAUGCUGCUAUUAGUUUAAUAUUUCAUAGCUCACACUUAUGCAAUCAACUGCUAGAUAAUCUAGGCUUAAAUAUUUUGCUCAGAAGUAUGACAAACAAUUCUGAAGGUUUUAAGUGUUUCCAUAGUGUUAUUAGCAGAAAAAUAUCGGCAAAUGAAAAAAGCCUGUAGAACAGUUUCCUUGGGUUAAUGCAACAGUGACUCCUUUGGUUAACUUUCCUCACUUUAUUCAUUUUGCCAUAUGUCUUUUGUUUCUGUUCAUAUGUUAUAUAUUAGCAAUGUGAAAACAGUGGUAUAACAAGUUAGUGUUAUCAUUAAAGCAAUAAUUCACCAAUAGACCAUGUGAUGUCAGAGUGGUUUUCUAGGCGUCAAUUAUUGAUAUAUGUCUGUGGUGCACCUAUGCCAAGUGUUCAACAUUAACAUAUGUGUUAUUUCUAACAUUUAAUGCGUAUUCUUUGGCAUAUAAUGUGUUCAAUUUUUGUGAACAUGGGUUUUCACCAUUAGCAUAUGUGUUAUUUCUUACAGUAAUGCUUAUUCAUUGGCAUAUAAUGUGUUUAAUUUCUGUGAACAUGGGUUUUCACCAUUAGCAUAUGUGUUAUUUCUUACAUUAAUGCUUAUUCAUUGGCAUAUAAUGUGUUUAAUUUCUGUGAACAUGGGUUUUCACCAUUAGCAUACGUGUUAUUUCUUACAUUAAUGCUUAUUCAUUGGCAUAUAAUGUGUUCAAUUUCUGUGAACAUGGGUUUUCGUUGAAAAUUAUUAUUUAGCAUAUAUUAUAGAUGUACAUGUAUGCAUGUGUAUGAGAGAUUCUUGGAGAUAUUUUUACUCCUUAGUAUGUGAAGGAAACUCUCUUCUCAUUAUACAAUGCAUGUUUCUGUCUUUCUUUUUUACAAAUUUAGUGUUUUAUAAGUUAACUGAGCAUCCCACACCAAGAAACAAAUUCAAUUUUAGGAAACAAACAACUUCUGAUAUGAUACCAUACAGUGCAGUUGCUACCUACUGUUUCCUUUGUGCUCUUUUUUAUGAAAACAUUACCAUGCCCACCAAUCCAGGAGGAACCAUGAGCAGUGGUUUCAAAUUCUGGAAACUAUAUGUUUGCGUUUAGUUUUACGUUUACUUUAAUCUGUAAGGAUGAGUUACAGGUUAUAUGUUCAAUUUAUAAAUGCUCUGACAGUGGACUGAAAGGAAAAUUGUAUUUAUAUUAGCAUAACUGAACCAAGCUAAUGCAUGUUUGAAAUUUGUUCUAAAGUUCAUGCAUGUGAUGUUUGUAUUUGUCAAUCUGACUCAAGCAAGGAUCUUCCUUACCUCUUCAUGGGGAACGCACAUGUAUAGAGAGGCUAGGAUUUUAAUCAGAUUGGGUAUUUGUAUAUGUUUUGAAAUCGCUUAUAAAUGGACGUUAUUUGUAUUAAAAUGAUAUUAUAUGA